CACACACCUUUUCCACAUGAUAAUUAAACCCUGCCUUGUUAGUAAAAAGAAACCGUUAUGGGACAAUGCAAGGGGGAUGUCAUAGAGAACCAUGAAGUCGGUCGGUGCACAUACUCUCUUUCUAAUCAGUCCUAGUCCUGCUCACAGCAUUAUCAAACAAUGCCAGUGGAGAAGAUGGAAACCAAACUACAACUCUACAGUCAACAGGUGUCUUAAACAUAACUGGUGUUCCUAGUACUAUACCAACUAAAAUGGUUACAAAGACAGAAAAUGUCUCAACUCCAGCAUCUAUACCAGCUGUCCGUACAACCAGAUCUUCUGAUCCAACAGAUAAUCAAACAAAGAAUGGAACUGAAGCAACACUGAAAGUUAGCAACACAACUGAUCAGUACCAUCCUGCAAAUGCUUCUAGCACAGUAUUAACUAAGGUUAUUCUUACUACACCAAGCUGGACCCAUGCUACAUCAAACUACACCGAAAUCAAGCCAGAAGAUGGAAAGGUUGAAGGUAAUUCUACUGCUAACCAGAGCAAUGUCCCUGAAAUUCCAGAAAAUUCUUCCGAUAAAAUGCCAACAGAAAAUACAGGUAUAAGACAAAACUAUGGAAAAGAUGGAGGAGGUGAAGCAUCACCAACACCAUCCAAAACCAAAAAAGGAAUUAUAAUCGGAGUCGGCUGUAUUCUUGCUGCAGUUGUUUUUGUUGUCUUAAUAUUUCUGUACAAGAUGUGCCAGAAAAAGCCCCCAGCUUCUGAGAACAGUGAAAUAAAAGUAUCUACUCAAACUAAAGAAAAUGUUAAAUUGCUUUCUGUAAAGACAGCGACUCCGUAUUCUGAUUCAAACAGGAUAUCAUCAGAUCAAAUGGAGUUUAUUGAAUGUUGAAGACAUCACAAACAUUAGAUGCCUUAUGUGUCAAUUGCUUUGCAUUUCAUGAUGAAUGGAAACUAUUGCACUAAGUGUAUACUGCUGUUCAGCUAUUCAGAACUAAAACUAGAAAUGUAACUUUUAUGUUUUUUUAUUUUUAUAUUGUAUGUGAUUUGUUUUAUACUUUCAUUUUUUGACAUUUAACUUUGGUUAUGCUAAAAAUUGUCUUCUUUUUGUUAUUUUGCAUGUUUAUGAGAAAAUAUUAAAGUAUAAUGUGGUAGUUCACCCAGCAUAGAACAUAUAGUGGUCAUCUAGCUUUAGAGUUUCAUUAGUCUUAACAGGAACACAUUUUUAAGUUAGCAUAUUAUGUUUGGGGUUUACCAAUGAAAAUUUCUGUGGUGCAUGCUGAAAGUGUUGAGGCUGUAAAUAGACUAAAGAGUGUCUGGUAUGUCAUGUCAGGGAACUAGAAAGUCCUGUGUCUCCUAAAUGUUACGAAUAAUUCCAGUAUACAUUCAGUGGAUGUGCCACUAAAGUAGCUACCACUGUCGGUUUAUGUCAAUGCAGUUGUAUCUGUAAAUCCUUAUGUUUUCCCUUUCACCCUAAUGUGACAUGUAAUGAAUUAACAAUUAUUGAAUAUUUUCUUAAUAAUUAAAAAAAAGUUUUAAUAUUUCACACAAAGACAAAGAUCAAAUCAAUGCAUAAUAGAAAAAUAGAAACCUAGAAGAUUGAAGUCAGAAAAAGACCACCUGGUCCAUCUUGUCUGCCUCUAUAUUAU